AUUACAAUCAGUUGUACUAUGGAUUUGUGUUAGAGUGGUUGCUUGCGAUUAACAUUUACUUGUAACGAACGAAUACAACAAAACGAAAAUUUAAAUAUCCAAUCUUUGUCUUAUCCAAUCACUAAAAGAUUAAUGAAUAACCAUCAAUUAUAUACAUUGUAUAUGAUGUGCUACGUUGAGUAAGCAAAGAAGUGUAUAAACAUUACUCAUACAUUAAUUUUUGUGUAAAAAUGCCGUCAGGUCAGAGAGAAACAACUGUCUCCAUACCACUUACCCCAACGCGAUCAGAUUUGUACUGGAGAAGGAUAUUUAAUAAGUACGAUAGAGAUAAUGAUGGUCGCAUCUCAUACGUUGAGUUAAAGGCGAUCAUAGAGUCCAGGGAGUACGACCAUGAUUUACCAGACAACGUGGUUGAAAAGAUCAUGGCACUCGCCGAUAGAGAUAACUCCGGAUAUCUGGACUUCACGGAGUUCGUCGCCAUGAUGAAGAACCCAGAACUUAAGGCUGUAUUCGGACAUUUUGUAGCCAGAUAUGUUCACUCCAUCAUACCGCAUCGAGACCCAGUUGAUACUAUUGACAGGUGGCCGGGGCAAGGAUUUUGUGCGGUCUCAACAACAGAUGGCGUCCAAAGGCAAAAAAGCAUAUUCACAUACACAGACGGUACAUACGAAGAGGAGUAUAGCUGCUGGCCGCCGGCCAUAUGUAUGAUAUUGAUAUCCAUAGUCGAGAUAGUACUGUUCUGCUAUGACGCCGCCCAGGGGAAGACGGACGCCACCGGUCCCAUCGCCCAGAUAUUCAUAUACAAUCCCCACAAGAGACAGGAGGCUUGGCGGUUCUUGACCUACAUGCUGGUCCAUGUUGGUGUAGUUCACCUUCUAGUUAACUUGUUGGUUCAAUUGUUCCUGGGAGUCCCACUGGAGAUGGUUCAUCGCUGGUGGCGCGUGGUGCUCGUGUAUCUGGCGGGAGUCGCUGCUGGAUCUCUAGCGACCAGCCUCACAGAUCCUAAAGUAUAUCUAGCUGGCGCAUCCGGAGGGGUGUAUGCUCUUAUCGCAGCUCAUAUCGCGACCAUUAUUAUGAACUGGUCUGAGAUGGAGUUUGCGAUAAUCCAGCUGUUAGUGUUCUUACUUCUGGCAACGGUUGACAUCGGUACGGCCGUGUACGAUCGUUACUGGAGACACCUGCAGCAGAACAUCGGAUAUGUCGCCCAUUUAGCAGGCGCAGUGGCUGGUCUUCUGGUUGGUAUAGGAGUACUUCGUAAUCUAGAAAAGAGAACUUGGGAGAAACGUCUGUGGUGGGCGGCGGUGGUGCUGUACUUCUCGCUCAUGAUAGCGGGGAUAUUAGCCAAUGUGUUCUGGAAAUCACAUUUCCAAUAAAAAAUAUGCCCAACCUCCCCUUAGUGUAAACACAUGCCAUCUCUCCCCAACCACCCUUUAACUUAUUGAACAGUAUCCUAAGUAUUAUUAAUUUAGUUAAGACAUUGUCGAGAUUUUCCUAGAUUUCUCUUAUUUAUGUUCCUCUUUUUAUACACCAUACCCUUGAAGAAUUCGAAUGUUAAAGCAUCUUUGUAUGAAUGUGUGUGUAAAACAUUUAUUUUCCUAUUUCUUUGUUUGUGUGUGUAAUUAUAUAGCCACCUUCGAGAACCGAUUUUUAAGGUAUAUUUAUCUAAUAUAUGGUAAAUUUCAGCUUUACAAACGUAUUAAAUGUCAUAAAGUGAGACAAUACUUCUCUUUUUGUUAAAUUAAAAUUUUGUAUUCGACGUUCGAAUUUUAAUAUUUCUCUAUUAAAGAAAUGAAUAUUAAAAAAAUAUAUAUAAUUCCUUUAAGCCAACUGUUAAUUAAAGAAGUACUAACAAACUUAUUAGUCUUACUCAACGUUUGAAUAUUUGAGAGAUUUUAGGGGACCAAAAACAAAAAAAUCAACAAAAGCAUAUCGUGUUGGCAGCAGUUUAUUGCAAUAAAAAAGUAUUGUAUUGAGGUCCAUUUUGCAUAGUUCUUGAAGUUGACAAAACAGUAUUGUUAUUUAUAAAUAGCUUUAUAAAUUGAAAAAGUCUGAAAUAUAAACAUAUUUUUGUAAUGUUUUCUAAUGCUAAUGUAAAUUUUUGAAUACAUUUUUUGUAUGUAGGUAGCUAUGAACUAUAUAACAAAGAAAAACAGGUCAAGAAAUAACUUUACAAACUUUGUAAUGAAAAAAAAAAAAACUUUGUUUUGUUUAGAGUUAAAUUACAAAUACUAUAAAUGUUCAAUUGUUAAAGAGUAAUGUGUAUUUGUUUUAAAUAUUGCUACUAUCUAUGGCUUUUAAGUAAUUUCGGGUAAAAUUAUUUUCAUAUUGCGAAUUAUAUUUAAUUUAUUACCUGAUGCCUAAUGUUGCAACAUUAGUUUAGUGUUGCUAUCAUAAACGUAUAUUAUUUUGAACAACUUAUACUUAAUAAAUUUUGUGUAUUGUUUGCCAAAACAAUAAUUAUGCACCUAAGAUUAUUUAAAUAAGUUUCCAAUACAGCUAUGUCAUCUAAGAAAUGUAUGUUGUUGGUUAAUAGAAAUAUUUACUUGAAAAUUAAGUAGAUCUAUUAUCGGACCAUUCAUAAUCUAUGUGCCUUUCAAAUUAAAUUCAAUGUAUUCUUAAAAUUAUGAGAAUUUUGUUUGUAUUAAGUUAUUGUGCGGAUAAAUAUUUUUAAAUGAAGCCGGUGCCAAUCUUUAAGAAAAAUGGGAAAUCCUUAUAUGCUGUGCUUAUUUUUAGUGUUUGGUCUGUAGCAUAUUGUUUUUUUUUUUUUGUGAGAAUCGUAUUACACUGCCAUCAUAACACAGUUAUUCCUGAUUCUUGCAUUGUGUAUAGGAAUAUAUAAGAUUGUAUAAAAUCAUCACCGUCUUUUUAUAUAUCUACUCACCUGACCUUACAUGAUUAUAAACUGUAUUAAUGAUGCAUCGUUUGGCAAAAUUUAUUAUUAUUUACUUUCAUUUUUACAUACUUGUCAAUUAUCGCCUUGUUUUUAAAAUGAUUGUACAUAGGCUUUAUAAAUCGUCAAUUUCAUUAAAAAAAAUAUAUCAUUUAGUCUUUAGUCUUAGUUGUUGUUUAUAUCUUAAGGGUUGGUUACUUUAUUAAGUAUUUUUCAUUUUAAUUUAAGUUUAUGUAUGUUAAUUGUAUAAUUUUCGACCGCACAAGUUUGUGAUGUAGAUUGAAAUAAAGGCCAUUCAUAACAAAUGCU